AUGGCCACCGCAGCAUUCAAAUCCACCACCAAGAGGACUCCCGUCGGAGCCUCCUCCGCCGACGACUCCGCCUCCUCCUCUUCUCUCCAUCACCGCCGCUCCCGGAGCCUCAGCCGUCCCGCCCGCUACUCCUUCCCCUCCCGCGAGGAGGAUUGCGGCGCCGAUCGUCGCACUCCCAAAGGCCGCUUCGUUAACACCGUCCGCGGUUCCGUCUUCCCGGAGAUCAGCCUCGACGAUCUCGCCAUCGAGUUUUUCGAGUCCGCGAAUCGUGGCCGGUUCGGCGGUACCAGAACCUCCGAGUCCGAGGCUAGUCCCGCCGGUGCCGGCGCGUCGCAGCGGCGAGGGAGGUCUGUUUCGAGGAAGAGCUCCGGAGUCGGCGAUGAUAGAAGGGUCAGUGUUGACGGUGGUGGUGGGGGAAGACCGGUCUCCGAUGCAAAUUCGAGAAGACGGAGAUCAGUAUCGGUGGUUCGGUACCAAAUUAGCGAUUCCGAGAGUGACCUGGAUCAUUCUCAGAAUUCUAGAAGUCGUUCAAAUCUGAAAAAUACUGAGGUUGGGAACAAGCUAAUGCAUAAGCCAGUUGCUUCAGAUCAAAGACCAGGGCUCAGAAAGUCCCUAAGUCAGAGGGAUUUGAGGGCAUAUGAUGGCUACUCUAGUCAUUCUUCAGUUCUCACUGAUGAUGAAGGUGCAACAGCUCACUCUAAGAAAAGUGGAAUUGAGAAACUAAGAUCAGUUUAUGCACAGAAAAAGGUGGCACUUAAUGACAUGGAUAAAGGAUUGCACAAAGCAAAGCAGAAAGAAAUACGGAAUAUGGAACCUGAACAGGCUGUGGUGAAACCAAGGACCUCCACUUUAUCCGCAGGUGACCACUUGUUAUCAAGUAAUUCUUCAAUCAGAAGUAGCUACGAAACUGAACUGGAACAGUCAGAGAAGCGAAAACAAGAAUUAUUAGCUGAAAUAGUGUAUGAGGAGCAGAGAGGAAGAGAACUUUCUAAGAUUGUUAAUGAGUUGACUCCUGCUAAAGAGGACAAUCACCUACAAAAUCCAACAAGAACCAGGAAGAGAAGUAAUGACAGAAGACGAGUGUCAAUGCGCUUGACUGAGGAGGCUGAGAGAUAUAUUGAGGAUUUUAUAUCAAAUGUUGAAGAUACAGAUAUUUCAUCACUUGAUGGUGAAAGGAGUGAUGCAAGUUCAUCGAUUGGAGGACUAAUAAAACCAGAAAAAGUUAAUAGUCCUCCAAUCACUGUGCCUAGAUCUCUUCCUGUUUUGAUGGAUGGGGUUACAUUGCCAUGGUUGCAAUGGGAGACAAGUAAUGAUGCAUCUCCUAUGACAAGCCUGAACAAGGCACGUAUGGCAGUCACCCCAAAAACUUCAAGUUCUACUCAGGAAAACAUCAAAUUACAAGAUCAAGGUAGCAUUUCUAUCAGCAGUCGUGGAAGCUGGAGCCCUGAUUACCUUCAGGAGUAUGUUGGAAAAGAUGUAUACAGUAAAUUUGGAGAAAGUUCUUGUUACAAGGAGCAGUCAUUAUCAGCUAAAUCCAAAGGAUUGAGGUAUGAUAUGGAUGAUUACCUUAAAGUUAAAAACAAGGAAGAUUUGUUGAUAGAGAGUUGGAUGCAACGGCGGAGAAUAAAUUCAGGCAGUCUCCUAUUGUGUAGCCUAAGAUUAUUUUAG